AUGACAGCGAGCUACGCAGACCUCUUGCAUGGACUCCGCAACGACUGGAAGCUAUCUUCAAGCGUACGAGGCGGAAGGGGGGGGGGAGGUUGGAACUCACCACAGGAACCUCUUCCGCUUGAGUCUAGAUCGGUGAUUUCAGAUAAAUUCAUGCCCUGUGUUAUCGGCAUCGGGGACCCGCGAAUUCCUCGAAGUCACAUCUCCUCUUCGACCGAAGUGUCGCCGGUGCUGGAGAAUGAAGGGGGCACGUCCACAACGCAAGAGACGUCCGGAGAGACACCCCACGAACAGCCCAGUCCAGAUGGAUCCUGCCCAACCAAAGAAGAAAAUUCUGAAGAUGUCGAUAACAAUGAUACCUCGUUCCCCGAGGAGGAACUUGGUAAACUCGAAGGAAUGAUCAACAGGUCCCGCUGGGUUGUUCCGGUCUUACCAAACGGCGAGUUGGAGGUGUUGUUGAAAGCGACACUGAGACUCGCCAAACGGGGUCUGGACGAAGAAAACGAAAUGUGCAAAAGAUUCAUCCGGGACGGACUCAUCACGUCGUUCACGAAAAUUCUCACCGACGAGGCCGUGUCGGGCUGGAAAUUCGAAAUCCACAAAUGUAUCUACCACAACUGCGAGCUGCUCAUUGAACUGUGCGUUGUGAAGCUCGAGCAGAACUGCCAGCCGCUGAUGGACAUGCUAGCGCUCGUGUUCAAUCCCGAAAACAAGUUCCACCAGUACAACGCGUCCCGUGUCAUGGAUUCGCAGGAGAUGCCCUACGCGAAGAGCAACGACAGUCGUUCCCCCAAAGGCUGGCUAGUCAAUCUCAUCAACAAAUUCGGCCACCUGGGCGGCUUCGAGAUCCUUCUGAAGAAAUUCAAAGAUAUGAGUCCCGAGCGGACCGCGCCACUCAAUGUGAUCGUUUCGUUGAUCAAACCCUUCGGUCUCAGCUGCCUGCUGCUGACCGAGCGUACGCUCACCCGAUAUCUCAUGCCAAUCGUGGUCAAGGUGCCUUCGUAUAUUUGGAACUUGUCAGACGAACAGUUGAAGAAAGACACGAAAAACGAUUGUUUGAGUCUGCUUGUAAAAUGGCUCCGAUGCAUCGCGCUCUGUACAGCCCAUACGUACGUUGUUGCCGAUCUCGAGAAAUUCCGUCUCGAGAUGCUCCAUCGCUUACUGCUGAUUUCGUCGUUUAACGGAAAAAUGAACGCUCUCAACGAAGUGAACAAGACGAUCACGAACGCGAUGUCGGGCAGGCAGAGCGGACACGCGCUCCGAUGCCCCGACGGCUCCGAGUCGGAUUAUCUCACGAGUCGCGACAUCAUCCAGUGGAUCAAAAGUGCCAACAUACUCUCGAUCGUACUCAGGGAUUCGUUGCAUCAGCCGCAGUACGUGGAAAAACUGGAGAAAAUCCUCCGAUUCAUGAUCAAAGAGAAAGCGCUCCAGUCCGACGACCUCGACGCCAUAUGGCAAUCGCAAAGUGGAGCCACGCGGCACGAGGCCAUAGUCAAGAACAUCCACGAUCUUCUAGCCAAGCUGGCGUGGGAUUUCUCGCCCGAUCAGCUCGAAUACGUGUUCGAGUCGUGUUUCAAGAAAAGUUGGGCGACGGCGUCGACGAAAAAAGAACGCGAACGCCUCAUCGAACUGAUCCGUCGGCUGGCCGAGGACGACAAGGACGGAAUGAUGGCUCACAAGGUUCUACAAUUGCUGUGGGGGCUCGCUCACAACCAGGAGGUUCCGAACGAGAUCGUCGAUCUCGCUCUGGCGGCCCACUUGAAAAUUCUCGACUACAGUUGCUGUCAGGAUCGAUCGGCACAAAAGCAGCACUGGCUCGAGGAGUGCGUGAAAGAAUUGAAAAUCAACGACAAGUUCGUCAUACCGGCUCUUAAACAUAUCCGUGACAUUUGUAUGUUAUACCAGGAGAAUCAGCAAACGCAACACGGCUUGGCUAGGGGCGGGAAUCAGGGUCCUGCAAGAAGUGACAUAAUAUCAACAUUGCAAAACAAACACACCUUGGUCGUACUGGUGACGACGAAUCUGGUCGAGUACGUCGAGGAAUCCAAACAGAUCGUGAACGCGCAUCCGGACCCGAGCCUAGCUCGCGAAGGACACCGCUAUUCGCACAACGUCAACGUGCACGAGAGGCUGCGAUUCCUUCGCUUUCUAUUGAAGGACGGUCAGCUGUGGCUGUGUGCCCCCCAGGCCACUCAGAUUUGGAAGUGCCUUGCCGAAAACGGAGCUUACCCGUCCGAUCGAGAGGCUUGUUUCAAUUGGUUCGCCAAGCUGAUGGGCGACGAGCCCGACCUAGACCCCGACAUCAACAAACAGUUCUUCGAGAACAACAUCCUCAAAUUUGACCCGGCACAAUUGACAGACAGCGGCAUUCAUUGUUUCGAGCGAUUUUUCAAGAUGGUCAAUGUCAAGGACGGCAACCUGAUAACCAUGAAAACUAUGACCUCAUCGACACAUGCGGGUGUUGUCUACGUCGACAACGUGGAGCUCGUCGGUUUAGAUUAUCUUUGGAAAGUCGUUCUGUUAUCGUCGGACGACGUCAGUGCAAAAGCGGCGGAAAUUCUCCGGACAACGGCCACGAACCUCGGCCCGAAACUGCAGGAAUCGCGAAUGGACUUCCAUGAGGAUUUUGUGAGCACGUGUUUCGAGAGAAUUCGGAUAGCGUACGAUACGUGGAAAUGUUUACAGGCGCCAGAGAAGGCAACGGAACUCAGAAAAAUGCGCCGGGUCCUACGACUGCUCACGCAAUACGUUCAGCAGUGUGACAACAACGGCAACGAUCGUAUGUACCUCCCGCUGUGUCGGGCACUACGAGGCAAAGAGAUGUGGGUCACAGUACAAUUUUUCACCGGUGCUAGUUUGAAUGGAAACAUCACCGACGAGCUAGUGAUGUGCUCCCACUCGAACGAGAGUCUCUUCACGUUCAAGCGGCGUCUCGAGCAGAAGGCCGACCGAGGGAAGCUCGAGCUCUUCCACAACAAUAACGAGUUCUUCGUUUCAAAGAAAGUUUUCCAAUGCAUGGGUGAGAUGUUCCACUCGACCAAGGUCUCGAUCAAGGCCCGAACGGUGGGAGAAUCGUCGACGUCCCUGGCCUUGGGCUCAUCGGCGACGGGGCCCGCGGCCGCUCAGGGGGGAGCCCACCAGUCGUCUCCGGCGUCGACGUCGUCGAGCGAGAGCGAAUCCCCCUCGCCCCCGCAAAUGUCGCACACAACUCAGCUGCUGAUGGAGAACCAUCUGCCCGGGGUUCUGAUCGCGCGCAAGGAAAGCCGCGUGAAGUUCAGUCUUACUCUCUGUGAUAUUCCCGAACUGCACGACGUCACCUGGGCACUUCUUCAACAGAUACCUGCGAGCAGUGAUGUUAUACUUCAAGUCCAGCACUUGGCCGCGGGUCGGCCGGGCGAACUCGCGUCGCACUUCACCGCUCUCGGCUCGAUAUCGGAAACCCAAUACUACCUCGAAACACUCUAUUCUCUCCUUCUCCCCGCGAACAAUCCGCUCUCCCCCGAAACGCUGCAGUUUCAAUGCAACUGCAUCAAGUCGGGCAUCCUGCACGCUCUCGUCGACCGUCUCGUUGACACGAGCGAGUUGCCGCAAAGCGUGCACAUGGUGCUAUUGAAGCUCUAUCGUUUCCUGCUCUCGAUCCUCAUCCGACGGAAGCAGCCCGAAAACGUCGAAGCUCACGAGGAUUCGGUGGUCGCCUCGAUCGCGAGCAAGAUCGUCGCCGAACUCAACCAGCAGAACUAUCGAAUCCCCGAGCUGCAAGCGAACCUCGUCGAGUCGAUCAUGUGGCUCCUGGUGCAGUCGUCGUGGGAAAUUACCGAAAGCGACGAUCUCACAGCCGAAGACGUUCAGAUCUGCCAGGAGUCGCUGUACACGCUGACAGCGAGCUUGCAGCUGCUCGACAACGAGCACAGCUGCAGCAGCGUCCUCCAGAACACCGAGUACGUGUUCUACCUGCUGCUGAAGUGUCCCCACUCCGAGGUGCGGCAGGCGGCCGAGGACGCGCUCUACAAAAUUGGAACACAAUUCAAUCCAUUGGGUUUCAUCAAGGCGCUCUACGCGCAGGUUCACGACGACGUCGUCGUGUUCCACCUCUUCAGCGGUGGAUACUUCUCUCUGAUUGGUCGGCUCUUCCGGACGCUGAAGAGCUUCGAGGAAGCGAAGACCUUCUUCGAUCAGGAGCUCUCGUGGCUCCGCGGCAUCAAGACGGGCGAACGGUCGCCGAGUUUAAUUCAAGGCCAUCUUAUAAUCGCGAUCAGUGUUUGCCGUCUGCUGUCGGUCGAGGAAAAGUCGCAGUACAAGUGUUUCGUUCGUGAGCUCCUCGAGGACUUCGUGUUUCCUGCGUCGAAAAUUUUCGUCACUCUCAGAAAUCCGGAUCUUCUCAAAUCGUCAGAGACCAACGACGCCCAACAACAGCAGUCUCACGCCGAAUCGACGGUGAAAAUCAACCAGAAUCUGUUGCCGCCUUCGUUAAACUGCGAAAUGGCAGCCACGAGCUCAGUUUGCACCACCGAAACUCUGACGAAUUUCGCUCUCGAUCUCGUUGUCGAACUCUGCAACAAAUCGAACGUGAAUCUGGAAGAAGCCAAUCGGAUACUGCAUUGCAUGUUCUACUCGGAUACCAACGCUCGAUUAACCGAAUGGGAGUUCCUGCCGGCCGUGGGCCCUCGACCGAUGAACGGAUUCGUCGGUCUCAAGAACGCCGGGGCCACCUGUUAUAUGAAUUCGGUCCUUCAACAACUGUACAUGAUCAAACCGAUAAGACGCGGUCUGCUGGCCCUGAACGACGUCAUAAAGGAAUCCGAUCUCGUCAACGGAGACGGGGAUCACGACUACAAUGUCGGCGUACUCAAACAAAUCAUGAUCAUAUUCGGCUUCCUGGAGAAGAGCCGCCAGCAAUUCUACAUCCCCCAAGGCUUCUGGAGCCAUUUCCGGCUCUGGGGCGAGCCGGUCAACGUUCGAGAACAACACGACGCUCUGGAAUUCUUCAAUUGCCUCGUUGACUCGAUCGACGAGGCACUGAAAUCGCUGAACAAACCCACGAUUCUCAAUCAGGUUCUCGGUGGAACGUUCGCCGAUCAGAAAAUCUGCAAGGGCUGUCCGCAUCGUUAUAGUCGCGAGGAAAGCUUCACCACACUGAACAUCGACAUCCGGAACCAUUCGAAUCUCUUGGACUCGUUGGAACAGUACGUCAAAGGUGAUCUCCUAGAAGGCCCGAACGCUUACCACUGCGAGCAGUGCAGCAAAAAAGUGGACACGGUCAAAAGACUCUGCAUCAAAUCGCUUCCACCCAUCCUGGCUAUUCAGUUGAAGCGCUUCGAUUACGAUUGGGACAGAGAAUGCGCUAUAAAAUUCAACGAUUAUUUCGAAUUCCCCCGCGAGCUCGACAUGGAACCCUACACCGUACAAGGAUUGGCACGCCGCGAAGGUGAAGCUAUCGAUUCCGAAAGAAUCGAGUACAGUGAGGCGGGUACCGCGUACGAACUUUCCGGAAUCGUGGUUCACAGCGGGCAGGCCAGCGGGGGCCAUUACUAUUCCUAUAUCAAAACCGACGGCAAGUGGUACAAAUUCGACGACGGUGAAGUAUGCGAGAGCCGGAUGGAGACCCACGAGGAAAUGAAGGAUCAGUGUUUCGGCGGUGACUACAUGAGCGAGAUGUUCGAUCAUAUUUCUAAGAGAAUGUCGUGCCGUCGACAGAAACGCUGGUGGAACGCUUACAUUCUGUUCUACGAACGAGUCGAACUCGCCGAUAAGGUGAACAGCCAACUGAACGUGUCUGAAAUCAAACUUCCGCCGGCCAUCGAGAUGAUCGUGUGGCAGCAGAAUCUCCAGUACACGCAUAUCCACGUGCAGUUCACGCCGGAAUUCUUCCGGUUCGUGAAAAGCCUCGUCGCCAUAAAUGCGCCCAGAAUGGAUAGCAGCGGUAAUAUCGCUCCGACCGAUACGGCUGGUGAGCCGGAUGAAACGCAUUCGGUAGCCGAAAGCGAUUCGACGGACAAGCCCCCGAAUCCGAACUAUCCGGACCUGGCCUUGUUGAGUAUGCAGUUGGCGAGAAAGUUCCUCUUCAGUACGUAUUUCCACACGAAGAAGAGCCUACGGGGCAACAUGUCCGAUUGGUUGUCGACGCUUGUAGCGUAUUUCAAAAGCUCGAGAGAAGCUCGGGCCUGGUUCGCCUGCGCUACUAACGCUCACAUCAUUCGCACAUAUCUCCUCGAGAGUCCCGUCGAAGAAGUGCGGCAUUCUUUCGCCUGCAUUCUAGCCACUCUUUGUGAACAUCUCCUCAACGAAUCACCAGCAUCACCAGUACAGCCCGAGCAGCAGAGCGAGUCGGCGGAUCUCAAGGCGCCUCCGAACCAGUUGGCCCAAAAAAUCCUAAGCGACGUCAUGCAGCUCCUGAACAAAGACGUGUGCGAAUACGGUCGUCACGUGAAUCAAUAUUUUCUGUUUUAUUCGCUCUACGCCGAUUCGGGCAACCGUGCAAAAGAGCAUCUUAUCAAAAACGACGUGCCGUUGGCCUUCAUUCGUCUAGCCUUGGAGGAGGGUACCAUAAAGUACCAGUACGCCGAACUGAGCAAACUGUACCAAACCCUGGCCACUCUCCUGCACUGCUUCGACGUCUCGGCGCUACAGCUCUCGUCGGUCAAGGAAGAGGCGCCUGCGCCGAACCCUUUCGCCAAGAUCACGUUGGCCAGCAUGCCGGACAGCGUUGUCGACUACCUGUUCCUGCAGAAUAACCUUGUGAAGAAAAUGCUCGAAGACGCGAACGGAAUGCUCGAGGUACUCGAUCUGUUGAAGUACCUCUGCUGGGAAAACUGCCCGAUGUCCCAGAUGCUCAUUACUGAACUGCUCUGGUUCACUGCAUACGUCUGUACAUACGAGGUUCGACCGUAUCUGGACAUCCUGCUGCAUAUCGUGUUGAUUGAAGAUUCGUGGCAGAGGCCGCGCAUCACUCGAGUCCUGCACGGUAUCCCAAACAGUCGGGAGGGUCUUUUCGAUAUAAUCGAACGCUCAAAGAACAACAACUAUCAAAAACGAUCGUAUCAGUGUAUCAAGUUCAUGGUCGAGCUCUUCUACCGUAUCCCUGAUGCCAUAUCGGUUACUCCUGAAACGCAGAGCAAGUUCCACGUUUCCGUCGAUUGGAUUCGGGCGGAACUCGACCGGAAGCAGCACAGCAUACAGCCUUGGUCUCAGGUAUCGAACGAGACUUCGAACGGUUACUACCUUGAACGCAGCGCGUCGGCCGUUGAUCUGUUGAAUAGAGCCGACCAUUUGUUAACGGAACUCCCCGCCGUCGAAAUUGGCAAGGAACCUCAAGAAACCAACAAUACGACGAUCGUCGUCGCCGAAAUCGAAGCCGGAUCCACGACUCAGAUCGACUCAUCAGAAUCCAGACCGGAAGCGACCGCGAAAGAUUGGUUGAAUGAGCUCGAAUGAGUGGUUCCCAUCAUCGUCGUUGUCAAGGCGGCUCGUUUUGGGUCGACAUCCUCAUCUUCACCCCCCAAAUCAGCUGACAGGCAUCAAACAGAAACGAAAACAGAUUGGUCAGCUGUUCGGUUAGUCGGUAUUCUCGUGUAAAGCAUUGUGUAUAGAAGCCCUAGUUUAUGUACAUCCUGCUCGCAGGUCAUGAUGAAUUUUAUUUAAUUCUUUAGCGUGCGCUACCAUAUGAUCACGAGUUCCUUGUCCUUCCCUCGCCUACUGGACAUGGGAGCCUCGAAACCCUGCUCUGGCUGCCCUUGCUGCCAGCUCUGCAUCUGUUAUCGGAAAGAGGGGGGUUGGAGCGCCGGAACUGCGUUGCCAACCCGCGUCCUAUUCACCGGCGGUCGUGGCGAUUUUCCCGGGUCUUCGUUCUCCAAUCGAAUUGGACUAUACGUGUACUAUAGAUCACGAUCUUAUUCAUCGAGCCGAAUUCAGCGAAACUCUGCUAUUUCACGAUGUUGGAUCCAUUUUACGGGUAAACGAAACAAAUCAGCCGUGCACAACUGCAGUACUCCGAGCGUCCUCGUACGAGAGAUCGUGGCGGGACUGGCGAGGUGCUGCGGAAAAAAGGCGAUAAUGGUGAACUCAUCUGAAUGCAUCCAGCAAUCUCUAAUUUGCUAAGAUUUUUGAGGCCGAGAUGAAAACGUAGGAGCGGAUACAGACCACUGGCGGCAUGGGUGGCAAUCUCGACAACGACGAUGGUUCGAUCUUGGUAUUGACGACGAGGGGCGAUUAUUCUAGAAAUUCUCAGGGGCCAGCAGAGCGGAUGAGGAAUUGCGGAGCGGAAAUUGAGUAGAUUGUGAGAGCGGAUCACGGGACGAAAAAUCACGACAGAAAGAUUGGUCUUCCGUCAUCGGUCGACCGAGUGAUUCCUCGAGAUAUAAUAAGAUAAUAAUAUUGAUAAUUAAUAUUUUCAUUUUGGACAUUGUCAUCUAUGAAUAAUACCGACUCCAGCAUCAACCAAACCGACGGAAACAACAGAAACAGCUAACAAUUCGCGGUGACAACUACGAAGACGACAACAACAACAAUCAACAAGUUUGAAUAAAGUAUCGAUCAAACGAGACGUUGAGAAAUGUAAUUCUCGCUGCUUGUUGAAAAACCGCGAAACAAUAUCUGAGAACAGUGCGAAGACCCCGAGAGUUAGAGUAAAUAAAUGAACUGAAAUGCUAUUAUU